UCCACGGUCGUUUGCUUCCGCUUUCAGUCCCUUUUAGUUUCCCCUCAACUACCCUUCCCCUUCACGCUUCCCUCGUUCUGGGGCUCUCUCCCACCAAAAGAAAACAACCGGAAGCACAGAUCUCAGCCAUCUUUCUUUGGUUUCUUCCUUUGUGCUAUGGCAGUGGCGUCUGCCGCCUCGGAGAGGAUCGAUCUGCCGAGGCCACCCAUGGAUCCUUCUCUUUCGAAAUUAGCUUCCGACGUCGUUUCCGAAUCUUCAACUUCGCCUAACGCUUCGUCUCCCACCGGCACGCCCGAUCGCAACGACCCUUCCAGUUCUUCGCCUAACCUUAAUUACAGAGAUGUUGAAAUUCAGUCUGCAGCAGCAUUAAGGAGUGAAGAAUACCGCCAACUGUUCAGGCUUCCACCGGAAGAGUUCCUUGUUCAAGAUUUUAAUUGUGCAUACCAAGAGAGUAUCCUUCUUCAGGGUCACAUGUACCUCUUUGUUCGUUAUCUUUGCUUUUAUUCCAAUAUAUUUGGAUUUGAAACAAAGAAAAUAAUUGCCUUCAAUGAAAUUACAAGUGUUAACAGAGCAAAGACUGCAGGAAUCUUUCCUAAUGCAAUAGAAAUUUUUGCUGGAGGAAGAAAGUACUUCUUUGCAUCAUUCCUAUCUCGUGAUGAAGCUUUCAAGCUCAUUAAUGAUGGAUGGGUGCAGCAUGCUAAUGGAGCCAAAGAAAUUACAGAGCAACAGGAAUCCAUCUCUGAGUCCAGCAGCCAAGAGAAUGGAUUUGUUGCAAUUGAAAAGGUCAAUAGCUCCAAAAACCUAAUAAAUGACAUGGAAUCUACAGACAGGGAUGAGGAUGUUCCCACCUCUAGUGAUUCCAACCUUCCAUCCAAUUUGGAAAAUGAUGCAGAAGUAGGUCCUGAAUCAGUUAUAAUUACCAGGUCUUCAGCUUCAGCAGAUACUUGUUCCUGGAAGCCAGAGAACUGUGAUGCGCCAAAGGUUCCUGAAGAUUUUACCAAGGUUGCAGAAACAAAGUUUCCGAUUAAGGUAGAGGAGUUCUUCAGGUUAUGUUUUUCUGAUAAUGCUGUUAAUUUCAUUGAAUCUUUUCAUAGAAGAUGUGGAGAUAAAGAAUUCAGGUGCUCUUCAUGGUGUCCUCAUGACAAUUUUGGACAUGUUCGUGAUGUGUCAUUUCAACAUCCAAUAAAAAUAUACUUUGGUGCAAAAUUUGGUAGCUGCCAGGAGACCCAGAAGUUUCGAGUUUACCGAAACAGUCAUCUGGUUAUGGAGACAUCACAAGAGAUCAAUGAUGUACCUUAUGGUGAUUAUUUCCGUGUAGAGGGGCUUUGGGAUGUAGAAAGGGAUAUUGAUGGCCCUCAAGAAGGCUGCAUUUUGAGGGUUUAUGUGAAUGUGGCUUUUAGCAAGAGAACUGUUUGGAAAGGGAAAAUAGUGCAGUCUACUCUGGAAGAAUGUCGAGAAGCUUAUGCAACAUGGAUAGACAUGGCACAUGAAUUGUUGAAGGAGAGCCUUGAUAAACAAGGAGGGGUAGAUUCUUCUAGAAGUUCAGCUGAAAAUGGUGAACUCCAAAUUGAAAGGGAAGUGGCAACCAAGGAACUUUCAGAAAGAUCUCAUAAUUUGAGUGAUCCGAUAAGGACAUUGCAGACGUCUGAUUAUCUGGAUGUUAACCAACGAAUUGGCACUCUUUUGCAAGGAAGUUUGACUAGUGCUUCGUCCAUCGCAUCUUUGUUAAGAGAGUUUGCAAGGAAAUCCUACUCAUACUUGAAAAGCCAAGGCCAUAUUUCAGUAGUCUUGGCUGUUGUCUUUGCUGUGAUCUUCCUGAUGCAGGUAAGCAUUCUUGUGCUACUAAACAGACCGCAACACAUUCAUGUGAGUUAUCCGGCACAGUAUACCGGCGGCAUGGGCAGUGGAGCCAGUGAAAGGCCAACCGAAGCUGUGGCAUGGUUAGAGAAGCGGAUGCAUCACCUUAAAGAGGAGAUGGUCAUGGUCGAAGCGCGGUUAGAGAGGAUGUGGCAUGAGCAUGCUGCUUUAAAAGCACAGUUAAAAGAACUGGGGUACCCAAAGAACCACAGAUAAACAUCUUACUUGUAUAUUUUUCACUUAAAAUAACAUAUUUCCAUAGUAAAUCUUACAUUCUUUUCAUAAUUCUGUACGUAGAUGCCUGUAAUUGAAAUCUGAAGAUAAUAAACCGCAAGGUUACUUGUCAUGCCAUGAUCCCUACUGUUUGAAUUAUAAAUAACAAAUUUCAAUUUCAUA